AUGGUGCUGGGACACCAAAUUCUCUGCCUUGCAGUUGGCUUGGCCGCCCUGCCUUGGCUCGCACAAGCCGCGGAGGCGGCAUGCUACUGCCCACGCCCUGAAGUCCCGGCGUCCCUCCGUGCUGGGUCACGCCCCCCGUCAUUUGUUCCUGUCACAGGCCUCCCACAGCGCGACUACGGAGUCGACUUCCGCACUCCGUCAUCUGCCGGCCUCACCGACUACUGGCGCACCUCGAGCAGCUCCAACAUCACACACGAUGAUCGCGGGGCUGGACUGCAAUAUGUAAACCGACAUGACGCGCCCCAGCUCGAGACCGGCUUUUACAUCUGGUACGGCCGCGUCGACUUUGACCUGCAGGCCGCCCCAGGCAGGGGCGUCAUAACCUCGGCCGCGCUCAAGCCUGACCGCGGUGAGGGUGUCCAUUGGGGCUGGUCGGGCAACGACUUCGGGCAAGAUGAAGGCAUUGUGCAGACCGACGUCCGCAACGGUGGCGCGACGGGCGGUACGGGCCCUCGCAUCUGGGGGGUCGUUGACAACCCUCAAGGCUCGGUGCACACCUACUCUAUCGACUGGACGCCCGAGAGGAUCGACUGGCUGAUCGAUGGCCACCUUGUGAACACGCGACUUGCCGCCGACGCCGAGAAGGAUGGCGAUCCCUUCCCGCAAACGCCCUCCAGGGUUCAGUUCGGAGUCUGGGCUGGCGGCGACCCGUCCAACGGCCGCGACGUCGUUGAUUGGGCCGGCGGCCAAACGGAUACCCAGGGCGGGCCGUACACGGCGUACCUGCGCAACGUCUCCGUCACGAACUACAACCCAGCCGGAAACUACGAGUACGCAAAGAACGCAGAAGGCAUGAAGAGCGUCAGGCCUACCAACAACACGGCCCGCGCCGGGUCCGGAGGCAUCCAGUCCCUGGGGGCCAACAACCCGUCGAGACAGCCACUGUUGGUGGGCCUCCCUAGAAGUGAACGAGGAGCCUGCGGCGCCGAUGUCGGCAUGAGCUGCCAAGGCAGUGCCUUUGGCGAGUGCUGCUCGCGCUACGGCUACUGCGGCAGCUCGGCGGACUUUUGCGGCGCGGGGUGCCAGUCUGCAUAUGGAUUAUGUUCGCGGCCCAGCUUGUUCAACCAGGCCAACACGCCCGACCUGGAUCGAAACCCGGUCACGAGGAUUGUCAACCCCAACUGGCCCCAGAGCACGGCCGCUGUCUCGCUGCCGUCUGGGAGACGAGGAGAUAGGCAGAGCGCGUUCAGGACGGGCGCCGUCUCAACUCGGAGGGUGGUGUCCUUCCCGAACCCUGCGUCCUCUUUGUCAGGGACUCCAACAACUGGACCCAACGGUCCCCACAGACCGGCGAGGCUGCCGUUCUCGAGAGGCGGCCAGGGGGCUGCUCCCGUCAUGCCCACCACGAUCAGUGGUGCCAAUACGGCUAGCGCGGGUCCGGACGGCGCGCCCCCCUUGGCGACCCACACGAGCAUCAACGGUCGUCGCCCCUGGUGGUUUUUUCCGCCAUCGGGAACGGCGACACGCUCCGUUAUUCGCCCACAGAGAACUUCCGGCGUUCCGAGGAGCAGGGGCAGCACCCGCCGUGGCCCCCUAAGGGCAUCGAGGACAAGAGACAGCACGUUUUCUCGCCCUCCAAGGACUUCCGGCCCCUCGAGGACAAGAAACGGCGCCUUCUCUCGUCCUACAAGGGCUCCUGGCUCGGGGACAACCGAAUCCGGCGCCGGCGGCAUCCCCAUGGGAGCCUCCGCAGAGACCUCUCUUCCAACCUCCUCGGAUACCUCUCCCGCCCCGAGUACCUCUUCGGAUAUUUCUCCCGUCCCGAGUACCUCGGUCGGCAGCAGCUCCAGGCCGCGUCCCUUGCUAGGUGCUAGACCAGAGGCGGCGGACCUGGGAUCAAACAACGCGUCGGGAGCCAACAACGACGCUGCGGCCGGAUCUAACAACGGUAUCGCAAGCCCAGAUGUUGCCUCGGCUUCCAGCAGCACUGGCUCCGACACUCUUGCUCCAGACGCCACAACUGCCAGCGCAGGUGAUGCCACAUCCACCACCGCUGAAGCCACGAGCACUACAUCCGGAGAUCUUACAGCGUCUGGUCUCGAUGGCGCCACAGCCACAACUCUUGAGACCGUGGCAGUCGCCGCCUCUGAGGACGCGGCGACUACUGCUAGCUCUGGGGAUUCAGCGCUUAGUACCUCUGAACUUGAGACAACCAUUAGGCCUGCGGGAGCAACGGUCACUGCCUCCGAGACUACGACUGAGACUACCUUUGAGGACGCGGCAGCCGCUAGUUCCGGAGAUGCUGCGGCAGCCGCUAGCUCCGGAGAUGCUGCGGCAGCCGCUAGCUCUGGAGAUGCCGCAACAGCCACUAGCCCCGGAGAUGCCGCGGCAGCCGCCAGCUCCGGAGAUGCUGCGGCAGCCGCUAGCUCUGGAAAUGCCACGACAGCCACUAGCUCCGGAGAUGCCGCGGCCGCGGCCUCCGAAGGGCCCGAGACAACCCCUGUCCUUGGAACGGCGACAGUCCCUGUCUCUGAGGCAGCGACAGCUACCAGUGCCGAGGGGGCUACAGAUAGUGCCAUCGAUGCUACGCCUCCGGCCGCGGACGCUUCUCCUACGGACGCUUCCUCUACAGGAAACCCGUCCUUUUCGGAGACAGAGGCCCCUUCUUCAGAGACAGCAUCCCUUUCAGACGGCUCCACGGGCUCUCCCGCUUUAGAUCCAGCAACUGCCACCACAGUAUCGACGGAGCCAUCUGGAGAGCAGACAGGAUCUUCCGGUUCGGAAUCUGCAGCUUCCCCUUCGCAGCCUGGCGCAUCCUCGGAGGAGCCUGCACCGCCUGUCACCUCUUCAGACUCCUCCUCUUCAAGCCCAUCGGCCCCUCCCACAGACCCCGAAUCUCCUUCGGGAGCCCUCACUUCCUCCACGGAAACCUCAUCUCCUUUGUCAGAUCCCUCGUCCUCUCCGGAGCCUUUGGCCCCCUCAUCGGAACCUCCGUUCCCCACCUUCCCAGAUCCUCUAUCGUUUCCUUCCAACAGCGGAUCCAACGCAAGCGACACUGUUGCGCAGCCCGAACCUCAAUCUAACCAGCCUGCGGGCCCUACUGCCAAUGGCGAGAGUAUCAGCGGCGCUCAGACACCGUCUUCGUUGCCGGGGACAACACCCACCUCCAUUCCAACCUCGGAAUCUUCAGUAUCCGAUGAUCUGCCGUCCUCGUCUGGCACUGUGCCGCAGAGCAGCCCAAGCUCGCCCAACGACUCUACUACUGAGCCAACUUCACUAUCAAGCGAUGCACCAAGCGCUUCCACCAACUUGCGGGCAGACAGCACCCAAACAGUAACCUCGUCGGCGUCGGCUACUUCCAGUAGCUCAGUCUCAGAUGCCUCGCCGCCGAAUCCAACUGCAACGAGCAACGCCGACAGUGGCCCGUCGCCCGCGAACACACCUUCAUUCAAUCCUCUGGGCUUCCCCAUUGGCGGGCCGGCAAGUUUAAACGCAGGGGCGAGUAAUGCGCAGGCUGACGGUGCUGGGGCUUCCGUCGACACUCAGCCAAGCAACCCGCCAGACAACUCUGGAGCAAGCAGUACUGUUUCAAGCAGCGGCACCCAGACAGGCACAGGGAGCGUGGAGGGAAGCAGCAGUCAAGCGACCACCCAGACGGAUGCUACUCAGACAAGUACCCCCGGUGCAGCUGGCACACAAACGAGCGCCACUGGAGCGGCCACGGAGAGCAGCGCUCAAGAGAAUGCACAGGGAGGCAACACUCAAGUGAGCGCCCAGCCCGGCGGCGCAGAAACGGCCAGCCCGGCAACGGGGGGUUCUCAAACGAGUGGGGCCCAGGCAAGCGCCACGCAGAUUAGUGUCACUCAGCCAAGCAGCACUCCAGAAAGCAGUACUCAGAGUACCACAUCUGGCCCCCUUGCCGGCGGCACUUUGACCGGUGUCACUCAGCCAAGCAGCACUCCAGAAAGCAGCACUCAGAGUACCACAUCUGUUACCCUUGCCGGCGGCACUUUGACCAGUGAUACUAUUGUCGUCAAUGCUUUGGCAGGCGGCUCGUCAAGUAGUGGGACGGGGAGCAGUUCCACGAGUGAAAGUUCGGCAACUAGCAGUGCGUCGACGGACAGCGCGUCUACCAGUAGCAGCACCUCAACCAGCGUAACAAGCAGUGCGGCAACUACCGGGACUGGGACUGGGACCGGAACCACUUCCGCCGUACCGUUGGCGACCAGCUCCCAGACAAGCAGCACCCAGACAAGUAGCACCUCGGCAAGCGUUUCGCUACCCAGCACAACGGCUAGCACUUCGACUAUUAACACGGUCAUAUUCAAUGCCUUGGAUGCCUUGUCCAGCGCUUUGUCGAGCAGCACUACAGCUAGCAGUUCAGCCAGCAGCACAUUAUCGACGAGCACGAGCAGAGCCAUAACCACUAGCACUUCUACGAGCAGCACUUUUACGAGCAGCACUUCUACGAGCAGCAGCAGUAGCUCGUCUAGCAGGGCGUCGACAAGUAGCACCGCCACGCCCAGCUCGACAACGUCCACCACGGCGACGGCGAUAGCGACAACGUCGACGACGUCGACGACGCCCCCGGUGACGGCCGCGCCGGCGACGACGCCGUCGACCUCGCCCACGACGGCGACGGCCUCGAUGACGACGGCGGCGUGCUACCGCGGGGCCAACACGGGGUGCCACGCCGACAACUGCAUCCGCGCCAUGAGGAGCGACCGGAACAAGCUCGUUGCGGGCCUGUUCUGCGCGGCGUGGAGCGGCGCCAUGGCGGGGUUACCGACCUACCUCAGCAGCUGCGAGGGCAACGCCACCAUGAUCGCCAUCUCGUGCUGCUGCGUCUUCGGCACGGGCCCGUCGCUGCUCAGCGGCAUCCUGCCGCGCGGGGAGGGUGCGGCGCCGACGCCGACGCCCCCGGACGAGGGGCUGGCGGUGCUGCCGCGGUCGGCCGUCGUCGUCGCGGGAGAGGACGGCCGGCCUGUCGGGCUCAACCCCUGGCAGAGGCUGUCGGUCUGGCUGGUCGGCCAGGAGCGUCGGAGGCAGGGCAUCAGCGGCGUUGAGGAUGGCGGUGGUGGGGGCGAUGGUGCGAGUCAAAGCAGGGAAACACGGGCGGCGGUUGUCUCUCGCGAAGCAAGGGAGAGGCGGAAGGUGAAGGACAAGGAGUAGUUGUCGCCUGUUGUAUUAUCCAGCAUGUUUUCCUGUAAUUCUUUUUGCACUAUCCACUGUAAUAUUUCCUUGCCCGUUUCUUUGCGCAAUUCCUCGGCGUUUUAGACCUUUUGUUUUGAGACCUUUUGUAUUUCUGUACGUAUCAGCGAGGCCGAUUUGGUUCAUUCAGCAUUCACAGUAUUUUUUAGGGCUGUCGCUUGUCGCAACGCGCCCUAUCCAACCGGCUAGAUUUGAAAUCAUUAAUCCCUGAACGGCAGACACGGC